CCUUCUUUCUCUUUUUACCUUGUUGAUUUUGAAUCACCUAAUUGUCUUUAAUUUCUAAAUUUUUUAUUUUAAUUUUUUUAAUUUUUUUAAUUUUAUAAUUUUAUAAUUUUAUAAUAUUGUAAUUUAUUCUCUAACUUGAAUCAGAAUGUCAACCUUGCCAAUUCUCGAAUACGAUUUAAUCAUUGUUGGAGCAGGCAUCAUCGGAUGUGCUGCUGCAAGAGCCUUUGGAAGAGAUGGCCGCCAGGUACUUCUUUUGGAGCGCGAUUUGACUGAACCUGAUCGUAUUGUUGGAGAAUUACUUCAACCCGGAGGAGUGAAUGCACUUCAUAAUCUUGAUUUACAAGAUUGUAUCGAGGGAAUUGAUGGUAUUCCAUGCCAUGGUUACGGUGUGUUCUACCAGAACAAGUUGGUCGAGAUUCCGUACCCUGUCAACAAAUUUACUGGCGAAAAGGCAGUUGGAAAGUCGUUUCACCAUGGUAGAUUUAUUACAAAAUUGAGAAAUGCCGCAAAACAAACACCAAAUGUUACGGUUAGAGAGUUGACUGUGGUUGAGAUGCUGAAAGACAAGUAUAACCAUAAAGAAGACGGCCAGGAAGAUAAAGGCGACAACGAGGAAAGAGAAGAGAGAAUAAUCGGUGUAAAGGCCCAAUCAAAGGACGGACAAGUAUUACAGUUUCAUGCUCCUCUGACUAUUGUGGCCGACGGCUUGUUUUCAAAAUUCCGUAAACAAGUAACCGUCAAAACUCCAGACGUAAAGUCCAAUUUUGUUGGAUUUGAAUUAAAGGAUCUUGUUCUUCCUUUACCAGAACACGGCCAUGUUAUUCUGGCUCAUCCGUCACCAGUAUUGAUGUACCAGAUCUCUGAACAUGAUACCCGUGUAUUGGUCGAUAUUCCCGGUCAAUUACCAUCUGCGUCUACUGGCCAACUCAAAAAAUACCUUCAAGAAACAGUUGCACCAGAAAUACCCGAGUCUAUCAGGGGUAAAUUUUUGGAAUCACUUGAAACUGAACGCCUUCGGUCAAUGCCCAAUGGAUUCCUUCCUCCCUCAAUUAACAACACCAAAGGAAUGGUUUUACUGGGAGAUGCUAUGAACAUGCGCCAUCCUUUGACUGGUGGUGGUAUGACUGUGGCAUUGAACGAUAUUGUGCUUCUUAGCGACCUGCUGUCCGUAGAGAAUUUGCCGUCAUUUACUGAUAGUGAGCUGGUGACAAAGACUAUGAAAUCAUUCCACUGGAAACGAAAGAGUUACUGUACCGCCAUCAAUGUACUGGCGAUGGCAUUGUAUAGACUAUUCGCUGCUGGUGAAGAUGCUGACUUGGCUGUAUUACAAAGAGGGUGUUUCCGCUAUUUCCAAUUGGGUGGAGAGUGUGUCAAUGGGCCGGUGGGUUUGCUUUCAGGCCUUAUCCAGCGACCAUCUGUACUUGUGUAUCACUUUUUUGUAGUCGCAUUCUAUUCAAUCUACUGCGAAUUCCAGCGCGCCGGGUGGGCAAAUGCACACUAUAGUUUUAUUAGAAUAUUCACUGUACUUUAUACCGCAUGUGUAACUAUAUUGCCCUACCUCUUCAGUGAGACAAAGUAUUAGUAUCCAAGACCAUGUAUUUUUUUCUUUCUUUCUUUCUUUCCUUUCUAAUUCCUAAUUUCUUUCAAUUCAUCUUAUUCUACUUCUUUUUACUUUACUUUAUCACCCAAUUAAAAGAUAAAUAAAUAAAUAAACUAUACAUUUUAUCAGU